AUGGCCAUGUUUCGCUCCAGAGUGACGUCCAAGGCUUGUAGCAAUGGACUCUCGGUCCUCACCGCGCAGAUUGUCCCCUCAAGCAGAAAUUUCGCGACAGUCUCCUCAGUGAGUCCGGCAACUCGGAAUCACAAGGUCGUGGUAGUUGGUGGUGGAAGCGCUGGUCUCGCUGUCAGCCAUCAACUCCUCCGGACGGGCAAGUUUGCCAAAAACGACAUUGCUGUCGUCGAUCCGGCCCAGUGGCACCACUACCAGCCGGGAUGGACGCUGGUGGGUGGCGGUCUUAAAACCAAGGAGGAGCUGCGAAAGCCGCUGGAGUCCUUGAUUGAUCCCAAACUCAAGUUUUACAACGAGGGAGUGACCACCUUCUCACCCAAGGAGAACUUGCUCACGCUCAACAAUGGCGACAGCCUCAACUACGAGCAACUUGUCGUCGUGCCGGGCAUCACAGUCAACUUCGACUCCAUCAAGGGCUUACCUGAAGCUCUUGCCGAUCCAAACUCUUUAGUCUCGUCCAUCUAUGGCUACAACACUUGCGACAAGGUGUUUCACACCGUUACGAGCCUUCGAAAGGGCACCGCAAUUUUCACCCAGCCUGCUGGCAUCGUCAAGUGCGCCGGGGCUCCGCAGAAAAUCAUGUGGCUUGCCCUGGACUACUGGAAGCGGGCAGGCUUGUACGACAUCAGCAACCGCGAGAGAUCACCGGUUCAAAUCAACUUCGCCACUGCCCUUCCGGGCAUGUUUGGGGUGCCCAAGUACAGCGCCAAGCUCAACGAGUUGCGGAUAGAGAGAGGUGUUGAAGGGCUGUUUCAGCACGACCUCGUCGCGGUCGAGGGCAACACGGCGAUUUUUGCUCGUCUCGAUAAGAAAGAUCAGGUCAAGAUGCACUUUGACUUAUUGCACGUCGUGCCGAAGAUGGGACCCCACGAAUUCGUCAAGAAGAGUGACCUUGCUAACGAAGUUGGUUUCGUCGAUGUGGACGAGACCACCACACGUCACACAAAGUAUGCCAACGUCUGGUCGGUGGGCGAUGCUUCGAGUCUGCCCACCUCGAAGACCGCCGCAGCGAUUACCGCCCAAGCGCCCGUUCUGGUUGAGAAUCUGAUGCAAUCCCUUGAAGGCAAGGAGCCCACCGCGACGUACAACGGAUAUACGUCGUGCCCGCUUUUGACCGAGUACGGCAAAGUCAUGCUCGCCGAGUUCAAGUACGGCGGAGAGCCACACGAGACGUUUGGGCGCUUGUUGGGCGUGGACCAGGCAACCCCUCGCCGGGCGUUCUACCAUCUGAAGAAGGACUUCUUCCCCUGGGUCUACUACAAAUCCAUGGUCAAGGGCACUUGGGCUGGGCCCAAGGGUUGGGUCAAGUAG